UGAAGACGGCUAAGUGCGGGGCUAUCAAAAGGACCCAAACAACAUGUAGCGGAAAUUCUGAGAGCAUGAAGUAAACAUUGGAGUUAAUGCGUAAAUUGUGUGAUUUCCAACUCUUUCAGGUACUCUAACUCACACCGCAUGUUGUAUCUAAAUGGACAAUAACGAAUAGAUUCAUUUACGGACGAAGCUACGUCUUCAAAGUGUGUCAUUUGAACGCUCUGUCCCGCGACUCACCACCAGUGGAUAACAUGAACAACAUGUCCCCCGAGGUGACACUGCACCGGAUCUCACCCGAGUUGCGGCCCUUGCUGUCCAGCGUCGUGCGGAAUGGCCGCGUGGGACUCGACUCGACAAACUGUCUCCGUGUCACAGACCUCAAAACUGGCUGUACAUCUCUGACCCCUGGUCCCUGCUGUGAUCGCUUCAAACUUCACAUCCCCUACGCUGGAGAAACCCUCAAAUGGGAUAUUAUAUUCAAUGCACAGUAUCCAGAAUUGCCACCAGAUUUUAUUUUUGGAGAGGAUGCUGAGUUUCUCCCUGAACCCUCGGAACUACCGCACUUGGUCCAGUGGGACUCCGGGGAUCCAGAAUGCCUGCUGCAGCUGGUGAAGGAGCUCCUCCAGCAGUACCACCACUACCAGUGCCAGCGUCUGCGCGAAAGCUCCAGGCUGCUCUUCGAGUACGACAGUCUGCUGGAGGAUCCCAACUACGGCCGCAACAUGGAGAUUUACGCCGGACGCAAGAACAGCUGGACGGGAGAGUUCUCAGCCCGUUUCCUUCUCAAGCUACCUGGGGACUUCAGCAACAUCCCCGUCUACCUCCUGAAGGACACAGCGGUGGACCCUGGAGAGGACGUGGCCCUUCUCUCUGUGAGCUUUGAGGAUGCUGAGGCCACCCAAGUCUUUCCAAAACUCUACCUCUCCCCCAGCAUUGAACAUGCCCUGGGAGGCUCCUCAGCACUUCAUAUCCCAGCAUUCCCCAGUGGAGGAUGCCUAAUUGACUAUGUUCCCCAAGUGUGCCAGUUACUCAACAACAAGGUGCAGUAUGUCAUCCAAGGAUAUCACAAGAGGAGAGAGUACAUCGCCGCCUUCCUCAGCCACUUUGGAAUGGGCGUGGUGGAGUACGACGCCGAGGGAUUCACGAAACUCACUCUUCUACUCAUGUGGAAGGACUUUUGCUUCCUAGUACACGUGGACCUCCCGCUGUACUUCCCCAGGGACCAGCCCACCCUCACCUUCCAGUCCGUUUACCACUUCACGAGCAGCGGCCAGCUCUACUCUCAGGUGCAGAAGUCGUAUCCCUACAGCCCUCGCUGGGACGGCAAUGAGAUGGCAAAGAGGGCCAAGGCAUACUUCAAGAGCUUCAUCCCUCAGUUCCAAGAGGGAGCCUUCGCCAACGGGAAACUCUAGUACUCUCUAUCUUAAUGACAUGCCUGGAGAGCUGCCUGAGGGAGUGUGAGUGUGUGUGUGUGUGUGUGUUUGUGUGUUUGUGCGUCUGUGUCCGUGUUGUGUACCUGUACAAGAGUAUGCACCGACACACAUUUGUGGAAAUGGGCCACAUUGCUUCACCUUGAAAUGGUUGCCUCUCAGUCCUUCCUUUUUUGUUGUAGUUUUAGUAAGAAGCCACUUUGGUAAAGGAGUCUAGAAGAUGACCAGUCACUGCAUCGUGCCACAACAACGGAAAUAUGAUAACACAACAGCAGACGCAUAAACAUUGUGCACAUGUCACACAAUUUUAUGGGAUCAAGCUGGAAUGAUGUAUGUCAAGGACCUUUUAUUUUGAAGAGAAACUCUAUAUUUUGACAGGAAGCUGACCAACCUUUUCAAUCCAGAGCUGCCUCUCUGUGAAAUAUAUAUUGAUGAUAUGUAAACUAUUAACUACACGUUAAUCACAAAGAGCUGUAGGGAUGAUGCAAAAGACCGCUGUUUACCGUUUGUUUUGUCUAUCACGAUUGUCAAGUUUGGCUCCACUGUCGAUGUUGAAAUGCUCUUUAAUUUUCUGUAUGUUCCUGUUGAAAUGCUCUUUAAUUUUCUGUAUGUUCCUUUUGACCGUUCAAAGUCUUUUACUGACAGCUUGACGGACAGUACUGUAAAUUUCUAAAUGUUUAGUCCAAAUUUCUAUCCAGUAAAGAAGUCUGUUUCCCCUGA